AUGAUGAUGGAUUAUAGUUUUGAUAACUUUGAAGUGAAUGAAAGUCGAAUAACUCUGAAUAAAGAUGAAGAAAUAAAGAAGUUAACAUUGGAAGAAGACUUACCAGAGAUCAAACGAGCAUAAAUAAUUUUGAUGAAGGGAUAGCAACGCUAAAAAGUAGCUAUCUAUAACAAUCUACACAGAUUGCUAUCACUUGGUUUUGAUCAAUUGUAUCAAUAUAUACGAGGCGACAUAAUGGAGUAAAGUGAAGAAAUACAGAUAAUGGCAGCAAGAUCUUUGCUAGGUUGCAAAGUAAAACCAAAAGAAACCAUCUAAUUGUCACUCCAUUUCAUUUAACUAUAUUAAUGGAAAUUAGCACAGGCUUGGAUGCCUGUAUUUCAAAAUUUGGUGUUACUGAUUGAUUAUAAAGAAUUUUAGACUUAUUUGGAGAAAAUGAUUAUCCAAUUUAGCGAACCGAAAUAGCCUGAAAUUGGCAGAUGGGUCGGAGCUAAGAUGAUUGUAUGCAUUUCUCCUGUGUUGAAGGAUGAAAUGAAAGGACCAAUAUUGGAUCGAGCUCGUUUAUUGUGUUCAGAUCCAGAUCACGAAAUCAGAGAACUAGUUGCAGAUGAAUUACUUACUUGUUUGAUAUGCAACUUGUCUGGAGAAUUGGUAGAACAAUACUUUAUUGACAAAAUCAAUGAGUUAUUGUAUGACACCCAAAUAAAUGUGAAGAAAAGCAUGAUCAAGACCUUCUUGAGGUUUCAGCACUUGUUGCCCAGAAACAGUUACAAUAUCAAAGGAACCACCAUCUUCAUUGAUUGCUUAUCGACAAGCAACGUAGAAUUGUUGAGUGUGGCUUUGCAAUACAGUGGAGAGACCUUCGUGCAGAUCCAGGAUUUGAUUAAUGACGAAUUCAAGAACAAAUUUACCAUUUUGUAUCAGAAAUUCGGACAGCAUCAGAAUGACGAGAUUCGGAAAUGGUAUUUAUAUAAUUUACCGGGAAUCAUAUUACAUCUGCAUGAAGGCCCUCAUGCUAGUUAGAUUUUAAUGCCCUAUGCGGAUAUUUUAAUAUAGGAUAAGAGUCAAUAGAACAAAUUGCUGGCUUGCAAGAUAUUGCAUGAAGUUUCGAAAUAGUUUGAUUACAGUUAUGUGUUACAAAAGAUGUGGCAUUUGUUUGAGUGUGUGAUCUAGAGUGAAGAUCUUGAUUGCAUAUUAGCCAUCAAUCUGCCUGAAAUGUAUAGGUUGUUGUAGGGCAACGAAGAGAAUCAGGAGAAGCUAAAAACCUAGUUCAAAGACAUCAAUUAAUAAUUGCAAAAAGUCUACAAGAAAUGCUUAAGCAAUUAUUAAUAUAAUUAACUAUUUUUAGAGCACCUUCUCAAAUUCCUGCAUCUCAUUAACAAAAAGCAUUUCGAACAAUUCAUCUUGCCAGUCAUCUACAAAGAUUAAUAAAACAUCGAUUCAGACCUCUUAUCCAUGAAAUGUUUGGCUAAAUUCUACAGUGUCUCUCAAGACUACGAAAUCCAAAUGAAGAUCAAAGACACCAUGAAUCUGAUGUUCUUCAGAGGCAACAACAACAAAAGAGUGCGCUACAUUUUUUGGGUGUCCAAUCUGGUACCAUUGAUCAGUAGGAAACGGUUCCAAGAACUCAAUCUCAACCAAGUCGUCUCUUAUAGCUCUGACAAAGCUGCAAGUGUACAAAUACAAUUAAUUAAAUCUUUGCCUUAAAUCUACUAAUAUUUGGAACCUAUUGAAUACAACCUCAUCAAAAAUGUGAAGGGUAUAACCUAGCAAUCUUUGGCCAAAGAGGUUUUCCUCUAAAUUCAGUAAAGAUAAUAGCAAAAUCAAAACUUUUAGGAAGAGUAGACUUUGCUCAUUCAAUAAGAAGAAACUGUCUUUACUUAAUUCACUCAACAACAGAAAUAAGAGAAGCAAAGUGAUCUCAUCUAAACUAAUGAAUACGCAAAUAAAUAUCUCAAAAAACCCAUACCAAAAAUGGUCUAAUAAUAAUCAAAAAAGACUCCGAAUGCAUCUACUUCUGUGAGAUUAGCCAAUCAAUCAUUUGGUGAACUUACUCCUUAAUAAUAAUAAUAACAACAAUUUAAAAGAGUUCGUAGAUAUACUGAUGCUGCAAAAUCAACUUCCAAACCUUCAUCUAGACCUAGCGGAUUUCCACAAAAAUGA